AUAAAAAGCAACUCAAUGCAAAGGCAAAGGCAAAGGCAAAGGCAAAGCUUCCAACUUUUCAAAAGCCUAAACAAAUCGUAACAAAAUGGGGCUUCAAUUUCGUCAUCUUCGCCUCAAUCUUCUCUUCUGUCCGCGUCCUCUUUCCCUCUAGGGUUUUCUUCACUCUUCUCUACAGUUCGUACGCUGCUGUUUGUUUUUUUUUUUGGUUUUCUUUUUUAUUUCUCUCUCUUGCCCCAAUCGAACUCUCCGGAAAUCAAUCUGCCCAUCGGGUUCAGUUUCUCCGGUGCGUUCUAUUUAAUUACUACAAUUCAUUUUAUUUUCUCUCUCUGUCUUUUUAUUUUUUGUGAUUUGAGGGGUUUUGAUUUUUUUUUUGUUUUUUUAUUUUUGGAGUUUUAGUUCUGAGACUGAGUUGAGAUUACGAUUUUACUCUACCUGUUUGGUACGUGAGAAAAAGUUGGAAAAUUGAAAGGAAAAGUUUUCAGUGACUUUUCGGGAAGUUCAGUGUUUUAGAUCGUUUCUGCCUGCUCAAUUAUUGCUUUUGAUUCUCGGAUAUGUGAUUUUCGGUUCUUAGAUUCGGUUUAGUCUCAGAUUUUGAGUGUUCUGUUUGGUUGGUGAGAAAAUGUAGUAAAAAGUUGGAAUUUUUAAUGUUAGGUAUUCUUAACUCUUUCUCCAACAAUAUCCGAGUUGAAUUGCUUUGAAUUUUAUUGAUUGACUGAAUGCUGACUUUAGAUUUUUUUGGAAUUAGGUCUAUUCUUUUGGUACGGUUUGUUUGUUAGAAUGUGUUUGUUUGAUAUUUGUGUAAACAGUGAUGUGCUAAAGUGAGCAAGUUUUUUUCUGGAAGAAUAAGAUAGUUGAUAACAAGUUUACCCCUCAGUAUAGCAAGCUAAAAUGUACAUUUAGGAGUGUGGGUUCAGAAGGGUUGUAUUUAUCAAGUAAAUCAAUGGAAACUGCAAGGUGUUGGUUUAACAAGUUGAAAUCAAAAGAUAAGUUAAGGCCUUCAAAAAAGAAAGAAGCUGCAGGUAAUGUAAAGGAGGGAUCAAAACCACCAACAAGUGAAGAGGCACCAUCAAAUGUCACCAAACAGAGGGUAGCGGCUGCAAAGCAGUAUAUUGAAAACCAUUACAAGAAGCAGAUGAAAAGCCUGCAGGAAAGAAAGGAGCGACGUGAUAUUCUAGAAAAGAAGUUGGCUGAUGCUGAAGUUUCUGAAGAAGAACAAAACAACUUGCUGAAGUAUUUGGAGAAGAAGGAAACAGAAUACAUGCGCCUUCAGAGGCAUAAGAUGGGUGCUGAUGAUUUUGAACCAUUGACCAUGAUAGGCAAGGGUGCAUUUGGAGAGGUUAGAGUCUGUAGGGAGAAGGCAACUGGUCAUGUAUAUGCCAUGAAGAAGCUUAAGAAGUCAGAGAUGCUUCGCAGAGGCCAGGUUGAACAUGUGAAAGCUGAGAGGAAUCUACUUGCAGAGGUUGACAGUAAUUGUAUUGUUAAACUAUAUUGCUCUUUCCAAGAUGAAGAGUAUCUAUAUCUAAUUAUGGAAUAUUUACCUGGGGGAGAUAUGAUGACUUUACUGAUGCGGAAGGAUACAUUAACUGAAGAUGAGGCCAGGUUUUAUGUUGGAGAAACUGUCCUGGCAAUUGAAUCUAUCCACAAACAUAAUUAUAUUCAUCGAGACAUCAAGCCUGACAACCUGCUACUUGAUAGAAAUGGUCAUAUGAAAUUAUCAGAUUUUGGAUUAUGUAAACCGUUAGAUUGCAGUAAUCUCCAGGAAAAGGAUUUUUCUAUGGCAAACAAUCUCAGUGGGGCUCUUCAAAGUGAUGGACGGCCUGCAGCACCAAAACGAACACAACAAGAGCAAUUGCAGCACUGGCAGAGGAACAGAAGGAUGCUUGCUUACUCUACGGUUGGUACACCUGACUAUAUUGCCCCAGAGGUUUUGCUGAAGAAAGGAUAUGGAAUGGAAUGUGAUUGGUGGUCUCUUGGUGCUAUCAUGUAUGAAAUGCUUGUCGGAUAUCCACCCUUUUAUUCAGAUGAGCCGAUGUCAACUUGUCGGAAGAUAGUCAAUUGGAGAACGCACUUAAAAUUUCCAGAAGAAGCGAAACUAUCUCCAGAAGCAAAAGAUCUUAUCAGUAAACUUUUAUGUAAUGUUGAGCAGAGGCUUGGCACAAAAGGCGCCAAUGAAAUUAAGGCUCACCCAUGGUUUAAAGGUAUUGAAUGGGACAAAUUAUAUCAAAUGAAAGCAGCUUUUAUUCCUGAAGUCAAUGAUGAGUUGGACACGCAAAAUUUUGAGAAGUUUGAAGAGGCUGACAACCAAAUUCCUAGUGCAGCAAAAUCAGGUCCAUGGAGAAAGAUGCUUUCAUCCAAGGAUAUAAACUUUGUGGGUUACACUUACAAGAACUUUGAAAUUGUAAAUGAUAAUCAAUUACCUGGCAUUGCUGAAUUGAAGAAGAAGAGCUCAAAACCCAAGAGACCCUCCAUCAAAUCCCUUUUUGAGGAUGAGUCAGCUGCCGCUGCCAGUCAACCUGUUCAAGGGAGCUUCUUAAACCUCUUGCCUCCGCAAAUAGAAGCCCCGGAAAAUCAUUCCAGAAAGUGACCUCAUCAUGUGCCAUGGGCUCAGAUAUCCAAAGCUAAAAGAGCUUACUGUUCUCUGGUGAAUUUGCUUUGCCGCAUCUUACAUUUUCAGAUUUUCAGUGAGUUUUAGGGGCAAAGCCCCAAAACAAGUGGUUUGAGAUAUCAGAUUGGCUCUAGAGUCAGCUAGGAGAUUGUUUCUUUUGUAAAAUAAUAUCUGAAAGUAAAUAUUCUUUCAUAUUUGUUUUGUGUAUUUUUCCCCCACAUUUUAUGUCAAGCAGAGAGAAGUUCCUGUACGAUAAUCCCAUCGUUGUUUUUCCAUGUAAUUAUUGCAUCUUUUGCAAUUCA